UCCACUGGAUUUUCAUUUUUUUAAUGCAAUAAAUAAUAAAUAAUUAAAUAAACCACCACCUUUUUCUCUGAUCUUCUUUAUUUUCUCUUUUUUUCUUCUUUUUUUUUGCCUUUUAAUUUUCCAGGUUACCCUGCUUUGUACGAAUCGGCUGAAACUCGAAGGUUAAUAUCUUCGUUUGGUACUUCGAAUAAAGGAUGUCUACUGGAGAUGUUAAAAGGGUUUCGCGUCAGGAUAUACAGUUGGUUCAAAACCUUAUAGAACGAUGUCUUCAACUCUACAUGACGCAGAAGGAAGUUGUGGAAACUCUGCUGGCUCAGGCCAAAAUUGAGCCUGGUUUUACUGAACUUGUUUGGCAAAAGCUUGAAGAAGAGAAUAGAGAAUUCUUCCAGGCUUAUUAUCUGAGACUUAUGGUGAAGCAACAAAUAGUGGAAUUCAACAAGCUGCUUGAGCAACAAGUUCGAUUGAUGAGUCAGAUUCGUUCAGCUGGAGUUUCCUCAAUCUCUAAUUCUAAUGGACCUCAAAUGCCACUGAUGCCCCAGAACUCAUCCUGCUAUGCCCCAGAGAACACAGGACCAGCUCUGAAGCAGGAGAACAUGCACCAUCCCAUGGACUCCAGUUUGCCUAAUGUAUUCACCAAUGGUAGUUCGGCAUUGCAUGCUGGAAUUCAUCCUCCCAUUGAGCUGGCUAGCCAUGCAAGCAGGAUUGAUGCCCCUCAAGGCAUGCUCUCAACACAGAAUUCAAACAUGGGUCUGAUGCAAGGAAUGAAUGGGAAAAUGAUAAAACCUGAAGCUGGUUAUUCGAGCGGUGCUCCUUACAUGUUUGGCGCUGAGAGCAAUGUUCUGGAGGCACGUCCAACAAUUGGGGAUACGUCUUUCAGUACUGUAGAAUCAAGCACUCAACCACUGAAUGAACCACUUCUGGAUGCCGACAUUUCUUCAUUUGGAUUUUUAGGCCAGAUCCCUCGUAAUUUCAGUCUUUCUGAUCUUACAGCUGAUUUUUCUCAGAGUUCAGAUAUACUGGAGAGCUACCCCCGGUCACCUUUCUUAGCGCCUGAUAAUGAAACAUUUCUGGAUUCUCGUGAAAGAGAGCAUCAAGGCGACAACAAAAGGUUGGACACCAUAUCAGAGGGAUUGAGUUAUGACGAUUUUCGAAGCGAAUAGCUCUACGUGUUGAUGGUACAACUGCUCUCCUUUGUAAUAAAAAGGGGAUUUUGUAUAUAUAGCAUUUUAGGAAGUCAUCAAAUUCAAUGGUUGAUGGAUAGAAGGAUUUCACUGACAUCUUUGGUAGCGAUGGAUAGCAUGGUUCGGAGAGGGAAACUGAGUUCUAAAAAUAAGUUCGAAUGAAACAUACAGUUUUUGUUUAUUUUGGUGCCAAUUGGAGUCCGUGGAAGCGGCCGCGUUGCCAUAGAAUCUGUUGGCACUCUUAGUGUGUCCUUUGCUUAUGGUGGUUUUAUUGACAGGUAAUUAGGGAUUGAUACAUUUGUUUGCUAUUUAUAACUUAUGCAUUGUGGAAUCAUAUUUAAUGUUUUAUGUUGUUUUGUGGAGUUUAAUGCAAGUUUGUGACUCAAUUUGGUGCAGAAAUAUGCAUAUUGGAUGGUUUUAUA